AUGCGUAGAUCGUUCAAAUUCGAUGCUUGUGUUCAUGAGAAUCAUAGCAGCUACAAUUCGAUUUCCGAUUUUUGCGAGCAUAUUGGAAUCCCAGCAUUAGUUGAAUGUCUUUUGCAGGGUAUGCAGUACUUCGUCUCUCAUAUAAAGGGUACAACGUUGCACUGCUCUCGAUGGCAUUUGGCGAUUCCAAAGAAAUCGUCAAGUCCAGGUGCUGUAAUGAAAUUGGCUUAUCGUAGAAUGUCGUUGAUUGUCGAGGCACUGCAAAUAUUGCGCCAAGUUUUACAAGGUGUCAGGGCAGAUUUGUCGUUUGGGGAUGACUUGUCGAUUUCCUCUGCAUGUCUCGAUGAGAUGUUUGACCACAUUUUCAAACAUCAAGACUCGAUGCUUUCAUCAAUAAUUUGGAUCAACGCUACGUUCAAAUCUAACGAUGGAAAGUGUCUUUCACCGACCUUCUUUUUGUCUGAUUUGGGGGACUAUUGCGGCUCGGUUUUGUCGGAUUCACAAUCUCAUUUUUCUCACAUCCAUAAUCCCACCUCGUGCCUAGAGGUGCCAUAUUCGAAGCACAUUGUUACAGAGUUUCUAAAGGAGGCAUUUGGAGGCCAUUGCCAAACGUGCAUCGUUGCUCAUCUGCAGAACGACAAUUCUUCCAUUGAGGAUAAAAGCACGUUUUUAGACGGACUUGGGCUUCUUGAAAUGUUGCUUUAUGAAGAAACAAAUACAAAUAUGGGUCAAAUGAAGAUGCUUCUUGCAAGCUGUUACAAGCAAAAUGAAAUUUCGAUUGCCCUUCUGGAAAAGGUAGGUGAUGAUUGUGAUGUUUAUUCGCAGAAAGCAAGCUCUGCACUGAUUUCAAAGGACUUGAAUGGCAUUUUAGAGGCCACCAUUGAUGUCAAUAGGAUCGGAUAUGCAAUUGAAAGGCAAGACAAGGAGUUUGAGACCCAUGCAGCGUACGUUAAAUAUUUUGAUGCAUUUCAAAAGAUUUUGACCCAAUCGGUACAAAAUUUUCAGCAAUCGUGUGCCAUGCAGCUGCAAAGCGAGACCAAUGUCAAGUUGAAGGAUCGCAUUUGCACCAUUCAGUCUGAAAAGCAAAAACAGAUCUCCGAUCUUGAGUCUCUAGCAACGAGAAAGGCAGAAGAAUCUUGUACAUUAAGAUCCGAAAUACUGCAACUUAAGGAUGAGAUAAAAACAUUAACAGCCUCCUUCAACGGCCAGCUUGCGCGGCUAAAAGAAGAGCAUGGAAGGGAGCUGGAAUCCUCUGCCUCUGCUCUUAAAGUCCAGCUUUUAGAGCGGGAAAAGCUCUCGACGGAGAGUUUGAUCGCAAACUACUUUUCUAGAGAAAAAGAAUUGAGCUCCAAAUAUGAAAAGACUGUUGAGAAUCUUUCAUGCCAAUUAUCUCUCGUUUGUACGUCCAAGGAUGAAGCUACCAACAAAUACGAGGCAAUCGAAAAAUCACUUCGAGAUUACGAGAUCAAAAACGUAAAAUUGGAGGCAGAGAUUGAAAAGCUAAAAUCCGAAAAUCAGCGUUUGCUCCAGGCAUCUUUGCAGGUAAAAGAAACGAUCCCCAACCUCAAAAAAGGUUGUCUUCAACAAGAACCAUCAAAAAUACCUGAACUGCACCAAUCUCGGCCUUUAGAACACUUGGUUGGGCAAUCGCAUGAAGCUCAAGAUAAAGAUACCUCUACGCAUCUGAAAAGACCGCCACAAUUAAUAUUUUCUUCAUCAGAAGAAGAGGAAGACCCUGAUAAGGUCGCCUUAUUUGCACAAAACAAAAGUCCUCAAAUUAGAAAGGGUCACAAGGUUUCCAGAUGCCGCUUAUACUCGCCAAAGAAGACCAUACAGAGGCAAAGGAAAAGUGUAAAAAUUGCAUCUCCAAAUGAAACCGACCCCACACCCCCAAGAGUUUCCAUACCAGCUCAACAUAUUCUGGGGCCUCCUGAUUCCAAUAUCCAAAAGAAGCAACAGAAUUCUCCAACGAAAAAGCAUAAAAAUUCUGGCCAGGAUACAGAUCAAAAAAUGGAACAAACAAACGAACAGGCUGGCGAAGCACGGGGCCAAACAAACAAACAGGCUGGCGAAGCACGGGGCCAAACAAAGGUCCAAUCCAAAUUACCCAUCCCAGAUCCUCUGGAUGUUCCUUUGAAGAAUACUAGCAUCGCUGAUAAAAGAAAAGCUCAACGGGCUGCCACGAACCCCACUUCUAUCAGUUCAACUAACGAACCGUGUUCUUCCCUAUUGAAAAAGUCAACCUUCAGGCCGUUGGGACCCAAAUUGGCAUCUUCAAUCCUAUCUGAAGAGAAUAGUUCAUUUUUGUCAAACCUUUCCCUGUCUUCAGCUAGUUCGGAAGACUCCUUCUCGUUCAGUCGGCAAAAGCAUCCGGCUGCUCUUUCAAUUGCCCCAAAGGUUCGUUCCAUUUGCUUAACGCUUUAG